UUUUUUAAAGCAGUUGCUUCCCAAAUUGUAUUCAACACAACACGCACACACAUCUGUAAAUACAAGAAGAAAUAACAAUUAAAACAUGUUUAAGCCAAAGAAAUCAAAGGACUGGAAAAUAGUACCACACAAACAUACCGCCCUUGACCCCGGCAAUACCAAAAUUGCAGAGCAACUGGUGGCAUUUAAAAGGCACACGGCCGAGUAUGAAAAGUCGAAUGAAAAACGCAAUGAAACACCAAUUAAGCUUGCGAACAAGAAUCGCUUGGUGGACGUGGCCGUGGAGCACAUAAAAAGUAAUCCUUCGACCAUUGUGAACGUGGACGGGGUGAGCUUCCCGUGCCACGACUUGGUUCUUUCCCUGUUUUCGAAACGUCUGAAGGAGGACAUGAAAAAGGGCAGUCUAAGCAUUCAGGCACCAGAACUGUCAUCCGAAGCAUUCGAUAAAAUAUUCCGCUGGAUGCAUGGCGAUAGCAGCGUUGCUGAGACCUUUGACCUUAAACUCUUUAGAGCGGCUAGCUUCCUGGGCAUUCCAGAACUGGUCGACGAGAUGUGGAAGCAGCUGGACAAAAAUAAUCUAACUGAAUACGCUGCCUUCAAGAUGCUGUGCAAGUCGCGCGAGAUGCAGGACAUGGAGGAGCUGCACGAGGUUCUGGUCUCCCGCAUAUGCAAGUCCACGCUGGUCAUCUUCUCCUCCAAUCAGUUCCUGAAGCUCAGUGAGGUGCAAGUUUCGCUGCUGCUGAAGUCGGACCGUUUGGCAGUCAACUCCGAAAUGGAAAUUUUGUAUGGCGGCUUGUGCUGGCUGAGAUACAAGUGGCCCCUGCGUCGUGACAGCGUUGGCAAGGUCCUGCAGAGCAUUCGCUUUGGGUUUAUCUCCGUCCUCAUGCUCAGGAAGUUGACGUUGUCGGAUCGACCGCACACCGGUCCGUUCGGGGACAUCCUGGAUGUGUUCAUAUGGCUGCCCGACUUCAAGAAGAUCCUAGCCGAUGCCAUGUUCUACAGCAGGCUUUUCACGAUCAGUUUGAAGCAGCCGGACUGUCUGAAGGAAAGGCUUGCAGUGUCCCACAUGAAGCCCCUUCGCUCUCGCUGUUGGACGGUGGACAAGCGCUGCGCGUACCAUCGCCCUGUCUGCGCAACCAUUCCGAACAUGUCCUUUGUGUCGUGGGAGGAGUUCACGAACUACAUGUUUAUGCUGCAAAAUGACAAAACCAACAUCGAAGACUGCAUUCGCUGUGUGGACGAACCGGAGUGCCUCAUCUGUUCGGGCUCGGAGGGCGAUCUGUCGGUCGCAGUGCCAUAUAUCCAUAGCUCCACAUCGUCGCAAACUUCACAGUUGUCGGAGACGUCCACCACCAGUGUGCCAAGCAGCUGCGAAGACACUUCGGAUGCGGUAUCAGUACUCUCCACGGGCUCAUCAGCAUCAGAUGAUGAUGCCCGCCUGCCCUCCAUUUGCUCAUCCAAAGGCUCAUUGGCAUGGCAGAGACGAGUGACCUCCAACGAUGAGACCAACGAAUGGUCCUCUUCGGAUGCGUAG